GGCUUGAUGCCUAGUUAGAGAAGAAAGAAAGUGGCUAAGUCAUGCUGGGCUGUCUAUGGGCAUCUUUGACACUUGGGCUGUAUUUAGUUAGGGAGGAAGCAGUGAGUGUUUGAGGUCCCUUGAUUUGGGAUUUAUGAUUUUAUAGGUUGUUUAGCAAGUGAUCAUCAGUCCUUUUCUGUUCAUUGCUGCUUUGUGGAUUUGGGUGAGGACGUACUUGGGUGAUGGCGUUCACAUUGGUUGGUGGUACUUGGCUUUGUCAGUGUUUUUGUUCUGUUUGGUGAGUGCUGUUGUUGAGAGGCGAAUGUGCAGGAUUGUGAAUCAGAGGGUGAGGAUUAGGGUGGUUGAAUGGAGACAUGGGGACUAUAUCCUGAAAUGAUUACUUUUGCAUGUGGCACGUAUUGUUUACAAAUCUUUUGUUCUCGACAUUUGUUUUCACAUUAGUUUUGUAUCAGCUGUCAGACCUUGCGUUACUCAUAUAUAUGCGCAGAUAACUUUUUUUUUUAAUCUUUAAUCUCUCUAUCUGCCUUAUCUCCUUUCCAGUGAUUGAGAGAUAAUAUUUUGUUAACAUCAGUUGUUUUGACUACACAGUCUGCAUUACUAAAGUGCAACAGGAUUUUACUGCAGAUAUAAGUGACUGUACCAUCAGUACGUUAGUAAGUAAGAUUUAUGCACGAAGAAUUCAAAGGAAGAACUUGUUUUACAGUCUGUGAUCUAGUAGCCAAGAACCCAGCUGUCUUGAAAACAGAUUUUCUAAAACAUGGGUAGAAGGGCUCAACCAGGUGUCGGGAUGGAGUCAGAGGACAGUGGAGGAGGGACAGGAGACACCUCGACCUAUCAGGUCCUGGCCGCUCAGGACUCGUACCCGAAGCAGAUCUGCCAGUUUGAUGAGCCCUCCCUGUCCAUCCCCUUUGUGCCCUUGGCAGGAGAAUAUGCGCAGUUUGUGGGCCGCACGGCUGAUGGCCUCAUGGCCCUUUCUAACUACAGAGUUUUCCUGCAGCAGCGCGAUGCUACCUACCACAUUCCCCUGGGUGUGAUUGAGACCAUAGAGUGCCGUGAAAUCUUCUUCCUCUUUCUGUUGUGCAAAGACACAAAGUCUUACAAGUGCACAUUUGCAACAAAUGAGCAGUGUGCUGAAUGGCAACGUCGACUGACCAAAGCUCUAGCCCUACCACAGCGCCUUGAGAACGUCUUUUCAUUUGCCUUCUACAUGUGGAACAUGGAGGAGGCACGGGAAUUGCACAAUGCCCUUCAUGAACCUGACAGUCCACAGUCCUAUGCUGCUAGGGCAGAGAGGAUGUUUGAUGAGGAGGUGCGACGUCUGGGCUUUGACCUUGGAGGGGCAUGGCGCAUCUCAUUAGCCAACAAUGAGUACCAGCUGUGCUCAACAUACCCUCGCAAAUUAGUUGUUCCUGCCUCAAUCAAUGACAACAUCUUGGAGAGUGUUGCCCGCUUCAGGUCUGCUAGGCGUAUUCCAGCUGUUGUCUGGAGACACACAAAUGGAGCUGUGAUAGCCCGUUGCAGUCAGCCUGAGGUUGGCUGGUUGGGCUGGCGGUCCAGUGAAGAUGAGGACUUGGUCAAGGCUAUAGCGGAGGCCUGUGCUUAUGACAGCCCUGCCGUAAGUAGUUCCAACGGCACCAACGCUAUGAUCGGUAGUCAGUUGAUCCCCCCAGCUACUGGAGAGAAGGAAGCCAUCACUCCAGUGUCAGAUAUCCCAUCCUUGUGUGACUUGCCAGAAGCAAAGGCACAAGCUGACAUCAAGAAAGUCUUGAUUGUCGAUGCUCGCUCGUAUGCCACUGCAGUAGCCAACCGUGCCCGGGGGGGAGGCUGUGAGUGCCCUGAAUACUACCCACAGUGUGAAAUCCAGUUCAUGAACCUUGCUAACAUCCACACCAUCCGAAAGUCUCACCACGCUCUGCGUCAGCUCGUGGCAUCCUCUCCCGACAUUCCAAAUUGGUUGUCCUUGCUAGAGAAUUCUCGAUGGCUUGCCCACAUCUCUGGUCUCCUCAAGGCAGCAGUGACAGUGGUGCAGGCCGUGGUGCGCGAGGCCAGGCCAGUUCUAGUCCACUGCUCUGACGGCUGGGACCGAACCCCUCAAAUAACUGCCUUGUCACAGCUACUUAUGGAUCCUUAUUAUAGAACUAUGCAUGGCUUUGAGGUGCUAGUGGAACGUGAGUGGGUUGAGUUUGGCCACAAAUUUAGCGAUAGGUGUGGCUGUGGACGCAGCUGUGAGGAUAUCAAUGAGAGAUGUCCUGUCUUCCUGCAGUGGUUAGACUGUGUCCACCACCUCCUAUACUGGUAUCCUACAGCCUUCCAGUUUAAUCAGGCAUAUCUGGUGAAGUUAGCACAGCAUGUGUACAGUAACCUAUUUGGUACAUUCCUGUGCAACACCUCCCAAGAGCGAGUCCAAGCAGAAAUUGGAGAGCGAACGUAUUCUGUUUGGUCACUGCUGAGGCUCAACCGCCACCGCUACACCAACUACCUCUAUUCUCAUACACAUCAGGUACUUUACCCUUCAUGUCAUACUAAAGAUCUACGUCUGUGGACUUCUGUCUACAUGCCCGAGAUGGGUGAGGUGACAGCAGACCCCCACACCAGUGUUUAUCCAAGCGUUGGUGAGGAGGAGGAGGAGGAAGAACCAGCAGCUGGAGGGGAGCUGGUGAAGACCAAGUCAUGUGAUGAUCUCCUGGCUGGGACGUCACCUCCACCCCACCACCCCCUGCGCCGAUCCUCUGACCCUAACAUUCGGGACAGCUGUCCCAACAUGGCCAUGCUCAACUCAGCCCUAGGUGCUGAACUGGCCAACGAGGACCAGGACAUCCUUCCAAAUGGUGUGGGAGCUGGGCAAAAUGGAGAGGAACUGGAGAUCAAUGAUGACUCUGUGAGCGAGCCAAACGAGGAGCGACCCAAUGAUGAGUCAGAGUCUCUGACCCUGUGUGAACCUUCUGUGUCAGAGUCAGAAAUCCCAGAGUGUGUGAAUAAUGUGCCGAGUGAAGUUUAUGAAAAUGGGGUGGAGAAUGGGGAGGAGGCCAGUGAGUUGCUGGGGCAGGAGAGCAUGGAAGACAGGGAGAAGUCAGAAGGGGAAGGUGGGCUGGUGGGAGAAGAAAGUGAGAAGCAGAAAAGCAAAGAAAGGGCGGUGAGUGGCCGCAGGUUCAGGAAUCUGGCAGAGCAAUCGAUAGAGGGCUCAACAGACACACUAGUGGCAGAGACCGGAGUGAUAGCGAGUGAGGAGAAAGUCCUCCAGGAGAAAAACAGUGAUGUUAUACCUCUAGUGAAUGGAAAGUCAGGACAGGAAAGCCCCAAGUCACUACUGAAUGGAAAGUGCUGUCCCUUCAUGAAUGGGGUCUCUGGAGAGGAGAGCGAGGUGUGCACAACCACCAACAAUAACCGCAAACAAUCAAAGAAAGGAUUGGUGUCCUCCCUAUCAGAAAACAGCCAGGAGGAAAAGGAGCGGCCAGAGAAGCGGUUAGUGAAUGGCGUGUCAAGCACUGGGGGGGCAGUCAUGAAUAGUGUCACAUCUUCAGGCUGUAGCAUCUGCAUCCAGAGCAAGAAGCUCCUGGAUGAAACCAGCAAUGGUGAUACGUGGAGGAGUGCUGGCCUUAUGAAUGAGGGAUCAGUCAUAGGUGGUACUUCGAGGGGGGUGACCACUGGCCCAGGCAGCAGGGUGUCCCUCUAUUCCACACCCAUGCAUUCCCGCACACCAUCUUCAUGCAUACCCUCUACACCUUGUGAAGACAGGUUUGGUGGUGGAGACAACAGUCGGGGUAGCAAUUAUUCAACAAUUGAUGGCCUCCAUAAUGUUAGUGAUGAGGUUACGAAACGACUUCAUCAGAUACUCUUGCUGCAUCAGUCUGAGGUUGAAUCUCUAAAGAGAGAUUUGCAGGCGACGCGGCAGGCACUCUGUAACCAAGUACUGCAUAAUCGAUGCCAUCACCACCACCAUGACACUACAGAAGACCAGAUGUCCCUCCCUGAGAGUGUGGGCUCUGGCUCGGGAGGAUCGGUGGGUCAGGAGUCUGGGGUGUCGGACACCUCCUGGGAGGCGGUGGAGGAGGGAGAGGCCCGGCCAACGCUCUGGGUGCCUGACCACGCCGUCGACUGCUGCACGGGAUGCAACACGCAGUUUUGGAUGGGGCGACGCAAGCACCACUGCAGGUCAGUUGCAAGGAGCUGUGGUAAGAUCUUCUGCUCGGAGUGUUCGCAGCACAGUGUCCCCAUCCCACGUGAGCAGCUCUAUCAGCCAGUUAGAGUGUGUGGCUCAUGCUACUUCAACUUGGGCAUGGAGAUUACCAAGCCCAAGAUCCUGGCUGCUGCGUCCAACUAGAAAGCGCCCCAAGAACCACCGAAGUCCUGAAGCCUUGAAACCCCAGAAUCCCUCGCUGGGAGAGUCUGUUUCAUUAUCCUUUUUUUUCCUUCUUCUUCCCUUUUUUUGGUGUAGGAACAAUGACUGGGUGAUUUAAUUUAUUGCUGAUGGGUGUUUGGUGUCGGGCUUCAGGUGUCAGUGCAAGUAAGAUCAGCGAGGGACACUAUAUAUAUAUAUGUGUGUAUUUUAGUCUGUUGGUGGUCAUUGCUGGCGUUUAUGGGGUUAAGCUUCCAGAUGUUAUUUAUUGAUCAAAUGUAUUUCUUUUUCCUCUUUCUAUUUAGUGUGUUAACUGAUAUAUUGGCCUGUAGUCAUUGAUUGAGUUACCAUAAUCAUAACUUUUUUUUUUUCAAUCAAUCAAAUAAAGUCCACUCACUUUCUGAAAUGAAAAAUAAUCUUCAGUUUUCAAGGAGAUUGACGUUUCUUCCAACAGUCCUUGCCGAUAAAAGAGAAAUAAAAUAAACAUAACAUUACGUUAUUGAAGAGAUGGUUUUGUUUGUGUCCAUUGGAUCAUGAUACCUUCAAUAGAUUUGUGUAAAUUAUCAUUAGUAUUAUAUUUUUUAAGAGUAAUGUACUUUCUGCUGGAACUCGCUGGUGAUUUUGAUAAUUUAUGUAAAUUAAUCAUUUAGAGAUGGAAGUCAUAAAAUACAAUGUACAUGAAUCUGUAAUUUUGUGUGUGUGUGUGUGUGUGUGUGUGUGUGUGUGUGUGUGUGUGUGUGUGUGUGUGUGUGUGUGUGUGUGUGUGUGUGUGUGUGUGUGUGUGUUAGAAAAACCCACAAUGUGCAAUAAAUUUCAAGAAAUCUUUUGUGUAUUAUAGGUUUUUCUACAAUAGUAUCAACAUGUUAGUGUUUUA